AUUGUCACUGAACCCCAUAAACCCUAAUUUCCCCGGGCUUCAAUUCUGUGGUUCAAACUUCAAAUCAUCCUAAAUUCUUCAGCAAAAUCCCGAUCCUUGAGCGAGCUUCGCAGCUUCGGUUUCCUCGAAUAUUUGCCUGUGCAUUUUUCCAGCAUUGUAACCCUCGAUAAGGAGCAAUGGUGCGUGCUUACAGAGUGAAAGGGCAAAAGAGGAAGAAGAAAGGAGAGAAGUACGACAGAGAAGAAGAAGAACACGAGCAAUUGGCGGAGGAGAAUAUCAAUCAGGAGCUGCCGAAGAAAAUGAAAAUGGAAAAGGCCGAGCCAGAGAGAAAGGCAGAGCAAUCGGAGGCCGCUGCAGCCGAUGAGCUGCCCGGAAUUCCAAUUGUUCCGAUGGAUAACAAUGCUAACAAGCCUGGGGUCAUCUUUGUUCUUGAGAAGGCGUCGUUGGAAAUCGCAAAAGUUGGGAAGACCUAUCAGCUCUUGAGUUCGGACGAACAUGCCAAUUUUCUGGUGAGGAAUAAGCGGAACCCUGCAGAUUAUCGGCCGGACAUUUCUUUUCAGGCUAUUCAAACAAUAUUAGACAGUCGGGUGAACAAAUGUGGGAGAUUAAAAGCUUUAUAUGUGAGGACACAGCAAGGCCUUCUUUUGCACAUCAAACCUCACGCACGUAUGCCAAGGACAUAUAAGAGGUUCUCUGGUCUCAUGGUGCAAUUGCUGCAAAAGCUGCACAUAACUGCAGCCGGUAAAGGCGAAAAACUUCUUCGCGUAAUCAAGAAUCCUGUCACCCAGUAUCUGCCCAUCAACUGUCGGAAAAUAGGCUUCUCUCACAGUUCAGAAAAGCUGGUAGAUAUGUACGAUUAUGUCCGUACUGUUAACAAUGAAUUGGAUCUCGUUUUUGUGGUAGGGGCAAUGGCGCAUGGGAAAAUUGAUGAAGAUUAUGUAGAAGAUUAUUUAUCAGUUUCUGAAUACCCGUUGAGUGCUGCAUACUGUAUAUCGAUGAUAACAACUGCGGUCGAGCGAAAGUGGAAGAUUCUGUAAAUGCAUUAAUUAUUGUCACUCGAAUAGGUCUUUUAGUUGGAUGAAUUUGAUUAUGUGGUCAGGUUUACUAUUACUCUUCUUUAGCAAAGGAAGUUCGACUUAUCGACAGUUUGUAUUGUGUAAUCACAUUGUAUGUUUGACAGUUUGAGUAUCGACAUGUUCGAUUAAUUUUGGCAGUGGUUAUAAUGUUCAAACUUAUGUGAAAUGUGUUUUAUGUUCAUUUUUGCUUUUGAUGGGCUCCAACAUUGGCUAAUUAUGUAUCAUAGGA